AUGGAUGAAGUUGGGGUCUUCGAGCACUGCAUCGGCGCUGGGCGCUUGGAGGGCUGGUUCUGCACUUCAUCCUACGACAACGAGAAGAAAGGAUGGGGGCAUUUGGAGUCCGACAGUUUCGAGGGCCACCUCUUCUUCCACCUGCAGCGCAGCCCGUCGCUUCGAGGAGUCAGGUACUUCAGAAAAGACGCUGUGGCCUUCGAGGUGGUGGAGUUCAACGGCCGCUGCGAGGCGGUGAAGCUCCUCUUGCCAAGCCGAAACGAGGAGCAAAACGAGGAGGCAUGGAAGCCUGAGCCAAGAGAGGUCUUGGGCCAGACCGUCGAGGGGCGCCUGAGCUGCAGCUGGCAGCUGGUCAAGGCGCAGAACUGGGGUUUCGUGGUGUCGGAAUACUUCAAGGGCACCGUCUUCUGGCACGUGGUCGACAAUCCCGAGAUGGUGGACUUGGAGUUCUCUCAGGAUGAUGUUGUGGAGUUUGAGCUUUACAUCAACACCACGAGAGGAGACCAGGUCAGAGCAAGGAAGAUGAAGUUCUUGCGCACGGCCGUCAAAGAUCCAGCAGCAGAGAAGGCAGAAGAGAGCAGCCAGAGGCGAAUGGAAAAGAAGCAGCGCUGGCUGGUAAACUGGCGCAAAGGGCCUCCUCCCGACUGGAUAUGCAAAGGCUGCAGCUACCCCAACUUCGGCAGGAACAAGACCUGCAAAGUUUGUGGCCAUCCGCGGCCUCCCCGUGAAGAAUGGCCUCCAGAAGAGCAGGAAGAGCAGCAAGAGGUGUCGCCCGCGCUACCGACUUUCAGCCCAGUGGCCCCAGGGUGCCAGGCCCAUCGAGAUGCGGGGAGCUUCCCACUGACGGGGCCUUGUCUGCACGGCCUGCAGGAUCUGCAGGCUGCGAGGCUACCUCUGCAGAGUGAGCCAGCGAGCACCACGUCCGGCACGGCGCCGGAGGCCUUUUUGCCUUUUGCUCUCGGAGUUCUUCUGAAGCGUCGCUCCUUGAUCCUUCAGGGGGCCGUCUCCGCUUCUUUGCCUCGAGCGGCAGAAGCCCCGCCCCCCGCGUGCUUCGCGGAGUUCAACCGGAUCUUGGGGGGCGAGGCUUGGGCCGAGGGCGAGCUCUUGGCCAAGGCUCCUCGGCUCCCCCUCCUCAGCUCCGAGCUCUCUCAGCUGUUCUUUCAGGUGAAGGCUUACCUGGACGGAGCGGCCAAGAGCUUGGGAGACGGGAAAGCCAAGCAGGCGCAGCAGCAAAAGCUGCGUUCAUGCGUUGCCUUGUGGUGGGCCGAAGAAGGAAAACGGUCCAACGACGACAUGCAGAAGAGGGGGUGA